CUGUGACUACUUAAGCUCAGGUUUCUGCUGGCCAAAAUUUGUUUGUCUCUCACCUGAAUGUAGCUGACUAUUUAUUGACAUUUCAGUGCAAUCCCGGCAGUUGGUUGGAAUCAUUGGCAACAACGCUGCUGCAGCGGCCGCUGCUGCCGCUGCUCCUCUCUACCAGCCGUUUGUUCCAGUGUCGCUGCCAUUGUCGUUAGUCGAUCCUCAGUUGGUCGUUCCUUCAGCAUGGCCCGGCCGAUUCCUCACAUGGCCUAUCGCCGCUGCCGCCGCUGCAGCAGCGGCAACCGUUUCACGAACAGCAACAGCAGCAUCCGUCAAUUUUCUUGGCCACGCCACCACCUCCGCAGAUCCUGGUGCUUUUUUAGUCUCUACGGCAGCCCCCAGCAGCGGCGCAAAUAUAGCGCAACUUUCGUCACUUAAUAUCCAGGCUGGAUCGGCUGCCCGACCCGCGGCACGCAGCAGAGAUGAAAAUAUCUUAUCACAUCCUUGGAUAGUUACCGUACCUUCACGGCAUCCUGACAUGACGUCUGUAGAGAAGAACGACGCGAGUGAUUCGACGAACGAUUCCGUAACGUCUUUGGAACUGAAGUCUUCUUUGGCUAAUCGAUAUUCAUGUGACGCUGAAAAUGUUUUGGCGGUGCAGCUGUCCAGCGAACCUGAAACCGAAAGCUCGGAGCAGAAUACCAUCACGCUAACCGACAGCGAACCGUCUCCAGCAGUUUCAGUAAUUACGAUUAGCAGCAGCGACAGCAGUCGAAGUGUAUUAUCAGAAGAGGAAUAG